UGGGAGGGGAAGUAACCAGAGUGAAGCGCCGAACGUCAUCGUGUAUUUUUCAUUAUCAUCCCGACUGAUAUAAAGUACCAAUAUUUUUGUUUUUAGUGUGUUUGUGGGCUUACACAUUCUGAUUUAAACGAACUGGGGAGUUUGGAUAAUCAAAUCACUUACCAAAGGAACUACUGGCUGUUUAGAAGAUUUUCAGAACAUUCAAAACCAAGCAUGAAGGCAGUUGUUAUCUGCUAUGUGUUCUCCACUUGGACUUCAGUCAUCGAAGGAUUUUUUGAAAAUACUUGUCCCCAGCCAGUGCAAUUUACAAAUACACAGUUGGUGGCACUAGGUACAAAUAUGACUCUGGAUUGUGCACCUGUAAGUGGUGACGCAAGAGGAAAUUUAUCCACAACAGAAUGGAAGCUUAAUGGGAGACCUAUGAAAUCUAAUGCACAGAGAACAGUCGAUGGAGACAGAGUAUAUAUUUUUGCCACGAGACUUAGUGAUUCUGGGAGUUAUGCCUGCUUCAGAGAUGGGGGCCUAGUACUCACGCAGAAUAUAUCCGUUGGAGUGAUUCCAAGCACGGCCAGCAUGACAUGUUAUCAAAAGGUGCCUAAUAACAAUAUCAGAUGUGAGUGGACUUCUCAGAACAAGAUUACUCCAUUGCCAAAAUGCUGGUUAAGUGUUAAGAAAGGGAUGAUUGGAAACAUUACCCGGUACAACUGCAGUUACUCCACCGCUAAGCAGAAAUGCUUUUGUAUCCUGCCCCACAUAGAGGGCGACCAUGAUUUUUACAUGGUCAGUCUCUGUGUUUCCAAUAGUGUGGGCUCCACGUCUGACCAGUUCUCCUUUCAUGCUGACAAGAUAGUCAAGCCAGAUCCACCAAUCAAUGUGUCUGUUCAGGGAGUGAAGACAAACACCCGGCAUCUUUUGAUUCAGUGGUCAAAACCUACAAGCUGGAAGACGGUAUUCUAUCAGCUGAUUUACGAAGUUCGCUAUAAAACCAAGAUCCAGUACUCGUUUAUACAGCAUUCACACAUCAAAGAGAGAUGGUUAGUAGUCCGUGAUGCUUUUCCCGGGUUUACUUAUAUUGUACAAGUGAGAGCACGAGAUGAGUUUAAUGGCAAUUGGAGUGAAUGGAGUCAGGAGGUCUAUGGAAUCACUUGGACAGAUCCAAAGAUCCUGGUUAAGACUCCCCUUCCAAGCACAGAAUACAAGACAUUACCAGAUAUCAGUAAUGCAAACCAUUUUGUCUCCUUUAAUCAGAUGGAUGGCUCUGGGAUGGAAGAACCUUCUGAUAAUGUACAGGCUUCAGUUGAUACCUACGCCACACCAUCCUCUUCAUUAAGCCUUUGGAUAGUUGCAGGUAGUCUUCUAGCAACUGUAAUUACCUUCUUCCUCUUUUUAGCCAGGUUCCACAAGAAAUUGCGGGAAAAGCUGCUAAAGGUGAUUGGUUCCUCGGCCUCAACACUGAAUCCCACAAUCAGAGUAAUUACAGUAGACAAAGCUGAGUAUAGAGAGAUCACAAUGGAAUCUCCUCCCACGUCCCCAGUGGACACAGAGCCUACUGAGGAUACUGCUCUCAAAGUAGAAGAGGCUCUGGACAGCUCCAUUACAGAGUCUCCUGGCCCCAUUCAUGUCAUGAAUAUGGGCUACUUUCUAGUACCCCGAUGAUUGGAGCAACAAUUUCAGCUAUAUGUUCAGUUUCAACAAUUGCAUAGACAUUACUACAGCCUCUUGAAAGUGCAGAGAAGAAAUCUCUGCUGUUUUGGACAAUAAGUACUGUAUGGACGCAUUACAGUUUUUGGUUUUGAGUUUACAGAAGGUUUUUGGUUUAUUCUUUCUGGAAAUGUGCAACAUGUCCAGGAUUAUACUUCAUGAUGUCCUAACAAAACCUUUUAUCAUCCUAGGUGUGUCCAGAAACUGUCAUGAAGAUUAUGUUUUGAAAAGCCAAUACAGUUUUCUCUGAUAGCAAAGCAUGGGUGUACUUGAUGCCUGAGCAGAAAUUUCAGUUGCACAUUAAUCUUGUAACUGAAAAACAGCUGCUGCCUAUUUGUUUCAACUAAAGACACCUGGAAAGGUUGUGAGUGUGGUCAUGCAGACAAUAAAACAAUGAAACUUUCCAUGAUAUACUAUCUGAAGAUAGAAAGAAGAAAAAGAGAAUUGAAACUGUAUUUCACCAUAAACAAAAAAGUCCAGAAAAACAAAACGAUGCACAAACGGACUGUUGGGUACUUGGUUUAAUCAGAGAUCAAAAACCAAAACAGCUCCACCAUAACAUGGAGAAAAUCUAUUGAGGAGGCUGGUAAAUGUUUGAAAAAUAGCAGCAUUCAGUGUCAAGUAUAAUGGAUCACCUGAAGCUACUCCGGAUAUGAACUUCCAGGAAUGUGAGCCCUGUUAAAUGUACUUAUAAAGAUUCCUAUGCUGUGACUAAAACAAUGUACAAAAGAGAUCAGGAAGAAAUUAGGUUUGGUAGUUUUCAUGCCUUAUACAUUAUUGGCUUCACCAACAGCAACUUAAAACAGCGGGACAUUUAUCUAAUGAGCUUACACAACUAGGAUGGAAUGGCACCAUUCCAUAAUGCUGCUGUCUCACAGGUGCCAGCUUUAAUAGUGUGUAAGUCAGUGUGGAGUUUUCACGGUCUCCUACUGUCGGUGUGGGUUUUCUUAGCUUCCUUACACAUUUUUAAUUGGUUAUUCUAAAUUGUUUGGGUGUGCGUGAGUAUGCUCUGCAUUGGAGAAUUUAUCCCAUUCACGGUUGGUUCCUGGAUUGCAGAUGAUUCUACAGGGAUAGACUUUGGUUUUCCAAAACCAUAAAAAAGAAAUAGGCGCCCUGCCCGGGGUUUGUUUCCUGCCUUGCACCCUGUGUUGGCUGGGAUUGGCUCCAGCAGACCCCCGUGACCCUGUAGUUAGGAUAUAGCAGGUUGGAUAAUGGAUGGAUGGAUGGAUAAAAGAGAAAUAAAAACUUUGGAUUGUACAAAGUUGCAUACCUGCAUCCAUAUUACAACAGAUGCAAGUAGUGUGUUAUAGGUGCAGCUCAACCAGGAAUUUAGAGCAUAUACGCAAAAUAUGACCAUACGUAUAUACAGCAUAUCUGUUACUAAGCAUACAUUAUAUUUGUACAGUAUUUGUAAAAACAUAUCAGGUACUGUAUAUGCUGCCGUUUAACUUGUUUACUAACUGAUUGAUUUUACUGAGAAAAGUCUCAGAACUAAAGUAUAUCAUUCAGAAGGGUACUUUUCUCUUUCCUGUUAUUCAGCCUCAUGACUGUAAAGUGAUUUUCUGUAAUGAUGGCAAUUUUGCUUGGACAUUAAGAAUCACUAACGGUACAUGUGUAUCUUAUUAUGUUUCUGCUUUUUUUUAAAGGUGUUUCUAGCCACUCAAUAGGUGGUCAUUUGCGAAGCCAAUUCUUUAUAACUGACCUUGCUUUUCUGGAUGCACUACACAGAAAAGAUCUGGUCUUUGUAUAUUGCCCUUUGCACAUGUGGCAUUUGUAAUGUUUCGGGAUUCUUAGCACUAUUUCUGGAAACUUUUUCCAACUAUAGUAUGUUGUUGAUCAUCUGGAUCACUGGUCAUGAGAGCUGCCUGCUGCACUAGAGAAAGUCAGUCAAGCACCUUGGCACUGUGAAGGCAAACCUGUAGGUGAUUGUUUCAUUCUUAAACUGCCUUGCCCAGAUUAUUGAAUUUAUUUUAUGUGUAAUUUUUCGGCUUUUUAAAGUUUGUUUUUUUUUAUCAGUAUUGCUGCUUAUUAAUCAAUAUGUUUUAAUUGCUGAGUUUUUGCCAGACUAGAGAGUUAAACAGAAGAAAUUAGUAUUGUUUGAAAUAUGAUUAUAUAUUUUAAGUUAGGUUUUCUAGCUGAGAUGAUCUGAAAGCAGGUUUUUCCAGUGACCAAAUGUGCUUUUUAACAUACUGGCAUAAAUACAGUAGUUUUAUAUUUCAUUGCCAACUGACCAUCUUAACACAUCCUCGCCAGGAGCACAAUGACUAAUUCUCAGAAAGAAAUCUUACAUGAGUUUAAUCAUGUUGAUUUCUAGGAUACAGAAACAUCAUCAGGAAUUUAUUAACUCAAGAAAUCAUGGGGUGUUUACAGGAUAAAAGGGAACACGAGCCUACAUGGGGACAUGUAGAGCUCAGGUCUUGUUUGCAGAAAAUUAGUCAUAGAUAUAAGGAAGAAAUAAACAUAUUUUUGUAUGCUUCUAAAUUAAAUUAAGAAAUACAUUGUAAUUAUAUGAUUGUAUAUUUUACCAUCUUGAGUUUGUAUAUGUUUUUUGUUCAGCAAAUAAUAAAGCCAUUAAAAACCUGAAUGUAAAA